GAAGUAGCGAGACAUCAAGCAUCACCACCAGCAACGCCAUGUCCCUUUCGACGGCAGCUUUUGUAAAGCGUAGCUCAGGCUUCAACGCUGCGUUGUUAGAGCUAGCGCACAGCCGCAACACCAUCUACGAGAACACGCGCAUGUCAGGCGAGAACCGAACGGCGCACCGCAUGCUUCCUGUGGACCAGCAUGAGAGCAGUAGCGACACACUUGAGGACUCGUAUGCACGGAAUUUGUCCAAGUAUUUCGGUGUGGAGGCGCCGCUCACCGACACGCGCACACACAGAAUGCCAAUUUCGCGCCAGGAGAAGUUGUUGGAUGAAGCGCUGCUACUCGUGGCGCACAGCCAGCGCUCCAUCUACGACAAAACACGCAUCUCGGGUGAGAACCGCAGCGCGCAUCGCGUGCUGCCCACAGACCGCCAGGCUGAGCGAAGCGACCGCUGCUCAGAUGCCACUGACGCGUCCUACGCCUGCGCCAUGGCCAACUACUUUGUGGCCAGGAACGCCAGUCGGUUGUGA